AUGAAUGAAAUCGAAGCACUGCGCCAAGAGGCGGAAACGCUGAAGAAUGCGAUCCGGGACGCACGGAAAGCGGUCUGCGAUACGUCCAUCCUGCAGGCCACGGCACAACUGGAAGCGGUUGGCAGGAUUCAGCUCCGUACGAGACGUACCCUGCGGGGACAUUUAGCGAAGAUCUACGCCAUGCACUGGGGGAACGAUUCGCGGUACCUAGUGUCGGCCUCCCAGGACGGGAAGUUGAUCGUGUGGGACUCACACACCACCAACAAGGUGCACGCGAUCCCGCUCCGUUCGUCCUGGGUGAUGACGUGCGCGUAUGCACCGUCGGGCAACUUUGUCGCCUGCGGCGGUCUGGAUAACAUCUGCUCGAUCUACAAUCUGAAGACGCGCGAAGGAAACGUACGAAUCGCAAGGGAACUGGGCGGACAUACGGGUUAUCUGUCGUGCUGUCGGUUCCUGGACGAUAACCAGAUCGUGACGAGUUCGGGCGAUAUGUCCUGUGCGCUUUGGGACAUUGAGACGGGUCAGCAGUCGACAUCAUUCCAGGGCCAUACGGGCGAUGUGAUGGCACUGUCGUUGGCACCGCAGGGUAAAACGUUCGUGUCCGGUGCGUGUGAUGCGAAGGCGAAGCUGUGGGACAUUCGAGAGGGCCAGUGCAAGCAGACAUUCCCCGGGCACGAGAGUGAUAUCAAUGCGGUAGCUUUCUUCCCGAAUGGAUUUGCGUUUGCGACGGGUUCGGAUGAUGCUACCUGUCGACUGUUUGAUAUUCGGGCUGAUCAGGAGCUGGCGAUGUACUCGCACGACAACAUCAUCUGUGGCAUCACGUCCGUGGCGUUCUCAAAGUCGGGCAGGUUGCUGUUGGCCGGGUAUGAUGACUUCAACUGUAACGUCUGGGACACGAUGAAGGCGGAACGGGCCGGCAUUCUGGCCGGGCACGAUAACCGAGUGUCCUGUUUAGGGGUGACAGAGAAUGGAAUGGCCGUGGCAACCGGCUCCUGGGACUCGUUCCUGCGCGUGUGGAACUAA